GGAAGUUGCGUGGAAGUUGGUGCGAUUCUAAGCGGUCGUCAUGGCAAAUAGGAACGUAGAAGAAAAAGGAAGGUCCCUUCCUUACUUCCUUCUUCGCUCUUCCCUUCCUUCCUUUUUUCCAUUUGAAUGUGAUUGAUUGAUUGAUUGACUGGUUGAUAAUGUCGGAGGCACGACGGCUACCGGCGGACAUUCUUGCUAGUCAACUCCAAUACGGAUAUUCUCUGGUGGACACCGCUUCUUCAGGCUCGGAUGAUAUUUUUGAGGACUCCUAUUCUCCUUGCUCCCUCUCCUCCAUCCCCACGAGAUCCUCCCAGGCGGGGAAGAUCUUCUGCAGCUCUUGCGGCCAGGAAAUCUUGGACAGAUACCUUCUCAAGGUGAGCAACCUGUGCUGGCACGUGCGCUGCCUGUCCUGCUGCGUGUGCCAAACAUCCCUCGGGCGCCACGUGAGCUGCUACAUCAAAGACAAACAGGUUUUCUGCAAACUGGACUACUUCAGGAAGUACGGCACUCGCUGUGCUCGCUGUGGCCGUAACAUCCACUCCAGUGACUGGGUGCGACGGGCGAAAGGCAGCACCUUCCACCUGGCCUGUUUCUCCUGCGCCACCUGCAAGCGUCAGCUGUCCACUGGCGAGGAGUGUGGACUGCUGGAGAAGAGAGUCUUCUGCAGGCCCCAUUAUGAGACCAUGAUGGAGACCAUCAAACGUUCCAAAGAAAACGAGCAAUCCAAACUGGAUGAGGAGGAGAUGGAUAAGGACGGUUCCAGUACUGUGUCCAGACCAGCUAAGAGGGCCAGGACCAGCUUCACUGUCGACCAGCUUCAGGUGAUGCAGACCCAGUUUGCCAAGGACAACAAUCCGGAUGCUCAGACUCUCCAAAGGCUGUCGGAGCGCACGGGUCUAAGUCGCAGGGUCAUCCAGGUUUGGUUUCAGAACUGCCGAGCUCGUCAGAAGAAACAUGUCGGCCCGAAUUCUUCCAGCUCAACUGCGCUGAUGUCACUUCCCGCUGGCCAGAUGACGGCGGCGCUGGAUGACCUGCAAUACGCGACAUACGUCACCCCGGAUGUACCACUCCUCACCACACUCACCUACAUGGACGUACAAGCGGCAGACCCGCUGUUGCUGCAACCCCUCGUUUCCCAUCCACUGACGCCGCUGCCAAUCGGCCAUAACGCUUAGGAGGAGGUCCAUGGCUGGGAAGAAGAUGACCGAGAAGAUGACUGCCGACUAAAUCACGCUUCCUAACGUGUCUCAUGCACUUACAUUCAUCAGCUGGAAAAUGAUAGUAUUAAUAUUUACUAAGGAAAAUAUGCUCUAAAUUUAUUGAAUUUAUACUGAUCAUAUGAAUUUUUGUGUUUUGUUGAAGAAAUGUCAUAUUUAAUUUGAAGUUUUCCAUUGAUAUUGGUGUGUAAGAGUAGCAUGGCGCUGCAAAUGCUACAUUAGUUACUGAGUGGUGACAGGAUGCAUAACCACAGAAUAUGUCAAUAAUGCUAAAUGUCCCACGGCGAUGCUGGAAGACGGGAUGAACUCGUCUCCCAAAUGAAUUGAUAAAGGAUGCUGCUGUACAACGCUGGCUCUUUUGAUUUUCAUGUGUGAAAGUACAGUGACCGCUAACGUUAGUAGCUAAACUUUGCCAAA